AUGGCCUCUAGUAUUACCGCUCUCCCAACAGAAAUACUUCACGAGAUCUUGGGCCAUCCGGAUCUGAGCCGCUCGGACCUUUGGGUAGCGAUUCGUAUAUGCAAAACAUUCUAUAAUGUCGCGAAAGAAUAUAUUCCACGCGAUCCAGAUAUCUCCCUUUGCAGCAAUCGUCCGGGGCAGUUGACAAGUUUCCUUCGAAGACUAUUGGUCGAACCUUCCUUUGGUCAGAAUUUCAAAGAAUUGAGUGUGAUAUGGGGGUAUGCGGAGCGAAGGAAUGAUUCUGACUCCGAUGCCUCAGGUGGGGAUGAAAUAAAAGACGGAGCUGGGGACUUUCAAUGGACGGACCAAGAACUUGAAGGUUUGGACGUUGUGGCGAAGAAGUAUAGUUUCCACCCACGGUGGGUUAAAUCUAUUCUAGAACUUCAGGACCCUGCUUCUCUUCUUAUCCCAAUCCUAUGUUUGCUCCCGGAGCUGGAGGAGUUGGAUAUGGGUACCCCUGUCGUUGAUAUUGAACUCGAAGGGGUCUAUUCCGACUGUUUGGACGCGCAUCUGGAAGAGUUUAUUCAUAGACUUAUUAUGGAUGACAAAAAACAUAUUACAGAGCCUGAAGAGAUACAAGAAGGAUUUCCUGAAUCGUUGAAAAAUUUAAAAAGAUUUUCAAGGGGGCACAUGGAUAACGAAAACGCAUUUGACAUCGAUAAAAUCUUCCCCGUUUUCUUAUUUCCAAACAUCGAAAAGAUCGGAUUAAACACGCUGGGCGGCGACUUCUCCCUCCUUAAUCGUUUCGAGGAAUCCUCAUAUCUGUGUAAAGUCAAAGAUCUUACACUAUUCAACCUCGAAUGCGAAGCAACGGAGCUUGCAAGACUCUUUGAGUUCUGUGAAGGGUUGGAGUAUGUUAAAGUUAGGUUUGAGUGGGUUGAUAUGGGUAUUUUGGAAAAUUGGGAGGAUAUGGAAGAGACAUUCAAUUUGGGGGUUGUACAACGGGCUUUGUUGGAGCAUAAGGAGACUUUAAUGGAUGCUAAUGUGGAAGUUGAGAGAGAUUACUGGUGGUUUAAGAGAAUGAAGGGGAAAUGGAGAUGUGGGAGAAAGCCUUCUUGGUGGGGAGGUGAGAAUUGGGAGAGCGAUUGA